AACUUGUAACCCCAUUGUAGAACUGCCGCGCGUGCUGAUCACAUCGCAUUUUUACGAAAUCAAUUUUUGAUUGUUAGUUCCAAAUUUUGGAUGUUUGUGACGGAAAUAGUGUAGUGAAAAUGACAUUGAUAAAUUGGUAGACAGUAAAAUUUAACAGUCGUAGUCGUAUUUGUGUUUAUUUCGUGAUAAGUGUGUAGUAUUUUGUGAGUAUUAUGAACUUUGAGGACUAUGAAACCCUCCCGACCCAAAGCUCCCUCACACACAUGACCGCUGGAGCCAUAGCGGGGGUCAUGGAGCAUUGCGUAAUGUAUCCACUGGAUUCCGUGAAGACGCGGAUGCAGUCACUGCGCUCGGCGCACAACGGCAGCAUCGCAGAGACCUUCCGCUACAUGGUGCAGCGCGAGGGACUCCUCAGGCCCAUCCGCGGCAUGUCGGCGGUGGUGAUGGGCGCGGGCCCGGCGCACGCCUGCUUCUUCGCGACCUACGAGCAGAGCAAGCACACGCUGUCGCAGCUCACCAGGCACCGGCACGACCACAUCACGCACGGUCUAUCGGGCUGCUUGGCGUCGCUGGUUCACGAUGCUGUCUCGAAUCCCGCUGAAGUGGUGAAGCAGCGGCUGCAGAUGCUGCACUCGCCGUACCGCGGCGUGUGGGAGUGCGCGCGGCACGUGUACCGUGCUGAGGGGCUGCGCGCGUUCUACCGCUCGUACGGCACGCAGGUCGCCAUGAACGUGCCGUUCCAGGCGCUGCACUUCGUCACUUACGAGUGGUGCCAGUCCGUGCUCAACCCGCGCCGCGCGUACGAACCGCGUGCUCAUUUGCUGUCCGGCGCGUUGGCCGGCGCGUUGGCUGCGGCGGCGACCACGCCGUUGGACGUGUGCAAGACGGUGUUGAACACGCAGGAGGCGGCCGCGCGCGCCGACGGGCUGGCGGCGGCGGCGGCGCUGGUGCUGCGCGCUGGCGGCCCGUUGGCCUUCUUCAGGGGCGUGCAGGCGCGAGUGUUGUACCAGAUGCCGGCCGCUGGCAUCUGCUGGCUCACGUAUGAGACGUUGAAGCAUGCGCUUACGAUGGACUCGAGUACCGAGGAGAGUCCAACGGCCAGCAGUGCCGCUCACGCGGGCGGCGGGGGCGGGGGACCGCUGGCGUGCGCUGCCUUGCGCCUGGCGGCAGCGGACGUGCCCACCACGCUCACGCGCACCUAGGCGGCGGGCACCGACUCUAGGACUGUACAGUGGAUAUUAAUAUUUCUGUUGUCAUAUAAACUGUGUUGAUUUAUUGUGUUUAUUUGGAGCAUUGAACAUACAGAAGUUGUGAUAUAUUAUGUCGGGAAAAUACUUUGUAUACGAAUAUGGACUUCUGUGUGUUGUGUGCGCUUGGUUGUUUUGUUGUUUCGCGUUUUGUGCAGUAGAUCCAAUGUCUGAAACUGUUGGUAGCGUAGUGCACAUUAUCAUUAUGUCAUUCGCUGAUAAUGUGACUUUCCAUUGGUGAUAGAAAUUUUGCAGGAAUGCGAUAAAAAACCACGAUACAAAGUUUUGUAUGUAAAUAUUUGUCAAUGUUUUAUGUAUGUAUUAGAGUUAAAAUUAUAUUUGUUGUUUGCUUAAAUAUUCUAUCUACGAUAAAUAUUAUAUAUAAUAUAAUUUGAAAGUAGUUACAUUGUAAAUGCUGUAAAAUGAGAAAACACCCAAAUAUUAAAAAAUAAAGUGUUUUAUAUCAAUAAAUAAUGGGCCUACAAUUGAAAAUAUAAAAACAAUAUUUAUUAUAUAAAAAUAAAUAUGAACCAAUCGACUACUUGGAUCUACUAUACUGUGUAUUAUUGUUAAUCUCCCUUGGUGACACAAAAUAUAUUAAUUAUAUUGUGUUGUAUACGAUUUUUUAAUUUAAAUAUAAAUGUGCUGUGUCAGCGUUUAUGUUGUGUCAAUUAAAAAGAGCGCUGAGACAUUUUUUAAUAUAUUUUUUAUUUAUAUAAUAUUUAAAAAAUCCGCUAUUUAUAGUGUCAAAAUUAAGAUGGAUAAUAAUCAAUUCUUGAUUCACAGCUUACACUGAUCAACCGCUUUGACGGCCUCCGUGGCGCAGUGGUAGCGCGGUGGAUUUACAAGACGGAGGUCCUGGGUUCGAUCCCCGGCUGGGCCGAUUGAGAUUUUCUUAAUUGGUCUAGGUCUGGCUGGUGCGAGGUUUCCGCCGUGGCUAGUUACCACCCUACCGGCAAAGACGUACCGCCAACCGAUUUAGCGUUCCGGUACGAUGCCGUGUAGAAAUCGAAAGGGGUGUGGAUUUUCAUCCUCCUCCUAACAAGUUAGCCCGCUUCCAUCUUAGACUGCAUCAUCACUUACAAUCAGGUGAGAAUGUAGUCAAGGGCUAACUUGUAAAGAAUAAAAAAAAAAAAAAUCCUCUGAAAGUGUGUUUUCCUUACCACGUGACAUUGUCGAAGUAAAUUCUACCCAGUUGGUACAGCAGUAAGCCAUAAAAUCAAAAAUUUAAUUGACUUAUAUCAAUAUUUAUUUAUUUUAAAUAAUAUGCAAUAGUUAAAAUACUUCAAAUAUUUGCAUUAAGAAUGCAUAUCUGCAAUAAAAAAUACUUUUGUCCAACCAUUUUCUGAGAAGUCUUAAGCUAUUAUAUAAUAUUUAUUUACUUAUUUAUUAUACAGAUAUACUCGAAUUUUAUUAGUGGAAUAUUUCUGUUAUGACCAAUAAUACUUUCUAAGGUAUAAAAUCCAAAUCCAAAAAAAUAUGUUAUGUAACGACACGUCAACGCUCUUUUUAUUUGACACAACGUUUAUUAAGGCACGUCCACACGACCAGGAGCGAUAUAACAUAAUAUACGGUAACAAAACGCGGACAACUAAUGUCACAUUCAGACUGACGGGUGACGAUCUAACGCCGAAUUGCUGACAGUAAUAGGCUAGUUGACACUUUUUUUAAAUGGUCCUAAAAUUGUUCGUUCUUCUAUAUUAAAAAAAAAUAUCGUACUUUUUUGAGACGUUUUGAUUAAAUGAAAAUUUCAAUUUUUAAUUAUUUUUAUGACAAUAUGAAUCAAAACGCUGUCGGCCUAUAUUUUAAAUGUUUCAUGACGUCACGUUUACUAAACGGAGCGGUUGACAAAAACGUUAGUUAAGUUAGUACAUCAAUUAAUUAACAUUGUGACGUCACAAAAUGGACGACAUCGUUUUUGACAUUUGAAAAAUUUUAAACUAUACACGAUUUUUAAAUUAAGUUGUGAAAUCCUUAACUUUUAGUAAUUAAAAUCGACAUAUUUCGGACCCUUAUUCCAUUUACGUAUACGAAAUUAAUAAUGUUUAUAUUAAAUUUGAUACGAGUCAAGUACCCUAUUAGAGUCACCGUUCAGUCUGGACGCGCCCUAAGAAACUAAAGCUUUAAACGUACGGGAGAUCUGUAAAUUAAGGUUUGGUUUCCUAAUAAAUUGUGAAUGAAUUUUGUCGCGAACACAAAAAAUGUUCAAAAUAAAUAAUUAUUAUUAUUGUCGUUACAUUUGUUUUUGGUUUAUUUUGUGAAAUUGACAAUUUUUUUUAUUACGAUUAAUUAUGUUUGCUGAGCCGCUCGCGGCUUGUAUAUUUUUUUUUUUAAAUAAAGCGAAUCUUAUUAAAAAUUAGGAACAUUAUUAUAAAAUUUAUUAAUAGAAGAACGUCAUAAGACAUUAAUGUAUAAGUGCGAAUGUGAUUAUUAUAUUAUUAUAAUUAUUUUUAACGAGCGAACGAAACCGAAAUGAAAAUUCAAAAAAAAAUACGUAAACGCAGGACCUAGCUCUGUAACCUCGACUGUGACGUAACAAAAGUUACAUCAAUUUGAAGUCAAUCUUUUUGUUCAAGUCUUAUAACUUCGACUAAAUUUAUUAUAGACUAGUCAAGCACGAGUCGGGUUACGGAGAUUAUCCUGAUCACGAUGUACAUACAAGUUGACUUACUCUGGUGAGUAAGUGCGAAUCGAUCAACUUUAUCGCAGUAGCAAUCAUACAGUUGGGAAAUCAAAAGUGAACUCAUAAUUUUGUAUUAUUAAAAAAUUAGAUUCGAUCUACACUUGCACAUGCUGUCAAAAUCAUUAAUAAUAAUAAUAAUUUAUUGUCAUAAAAUUAUAUUAGCUUAAUGCACAUUUGAACACCAACUUCAUAUCAAACAUUGACGGCCGCGUGGCGCAGUGGGUAGUGACCCUGCUUUCUGCAUCUACGGCCGUGGGUUCGAUUCCCACAACUGGAAAAUAUUUGUGUGAUGAGCAUGGGUCUUUUCCAGUGUCUGUGUGUAUUUAUACAUUAUAUAAGUAUUUAUAUGUAGUAUAUAAUUGUAUAUUAAUAUUAUAAUAUCAACUAUCUUAGCACCCAUAACACAAGCUACUCUGUAUGCUUACUUUGGGGCUAGAUAGUGAUGUGUAUUGUUAUAUAAUAUACUUAUAUUUAUUUAUUUAUUUAUUUAUUAAAAGGCGUUGUUAUUUUUACAAACCCAGUCAACGAUACACAAGUGUUAAAUAAAACUGUACCUAUGCCAAGGGUAUUAAGGUACCAUCUUAGAUCGUAUCGUCAGUUAUCAUGAAAUGAGAUUGCAGUCGAGCAUUUAAUAAAACAUGUUGACGUCUACCUUUUUAAACAUCACGAAUAAACGGGUAUAUUUUCAUUUAUUUAUAUAAAUUUAGAUCUAUCAUAGAGAUUUCACGGCCUCCGUGGCGUUGUGGUAUGCGCGAUGGAUUUACAAGACGUAGGUCUUGGAGUCGAUCCCCGGGUUGGCCGGUUGAGGUUUUCUUAACUGGUCCAGGUCUGGCUGGUGGGAGGCUUCGGCAGUGGCAAAGACAACGCCGAGCGAUUAAGCGUUACGGUACGAAGUCGUAUAGAAACCGAAAGGGGUGUGGAUUUUCAUCCUACUCCUAACAAGUUGGCCCGCUUAGAUCUUAGAUUGCAUCAUCACUUACCAGCAGGUGAGAUUGUAGUCCUUGGCUACUACUGCUAACUUGUAAAGAAUAAAAAAAAAGUUUUAAUUCGGUCAUAUUAUGGGUUGACUAUCUGACUUAUUUAAGAGUUCCUGCACACGAUGUUUCCAACUGUAUGAUAGUUAAACUGCGACUGUAUAUUGUUUGCCGGAGUUGACCUCCCUUGUUGUUGUUAAUAAUUUUGUUGUUUACUGAAGUUUAUAAUAUUUUAAUGAUAUUUUAUUAAUUUUGUUUUUGUUUAUUUCCGAUAUUAGCUACGUAUUCGGUCUAGUGAGUUGUGUUGGGAAAAAAAAUAUGGCAACUCGACUUUUUAGCGCAACUUUUUCAAAUUUACAGGGUUGGAGUUGGAGAUUUUUUUUAUAAAACUUUUUUUUAGUCAUUCUGCAUGUGUAUGGUUGUAAACUGUAAACUGUAUGUAAACAGUAUUCUUAACGAAAGUAAAAAAAAAAUGCACUUGGAAAAUAUUCUUGUGCGUUUUUUUUUUUGAUUUGUUGAUAUUAAUUACUAUACUAAUUUGAUAAUAUGCGAAUUGUUAACUAAAUUGACUUGUAAUGAUAAUUAACAACGAUUUCAGAAAUAAAUUAUUGAUGUUACAUUCACAUUAUGAAAUAUUAAUUAUAAAAAAAUGAAAUAUUUUUUUUUAAUUUGUUUUUUUUUUAAGAAUAUUUGUCAUAUCUUUUAAAUAUGACCAAUAUUCCCAUAUUAAAAAAAAAAUGCAUACAAUAGGCGAUGUUUGUUUGUAGGCUUUGUUCAUUUUAGUAAUCAAAAAAUAUCAAUUUAGUUUACCAACUAAAAAGACAAUAGAUUUAUGAUUCGCGUAAAAUUUAAUUAGUGUAAUUAAUUAUUAUUAUAUUGAUUUAUUCAAAUAAAUGUUCUUCUAGUGUUUAGAAUUAAGAUUAUAAUAAUAAAUAAAAUAUAAAUAUAAAAAUUGUUACUUGUAUCAUCACGAUUGUUUAAAAAAUUGUAUUUUUUGAGAUCUUAUUCACUUUUCCUCUGCCUGUGUAACAUCAGAUUGUAUAUUAUAAAAAAAAAAACUAAAAUGUAAACUAUUUUAUGGUGUUUGUGCACUAAAAGUGUAUAAGGUCUCGCCUAAAAUGUAAAUUUCCUAGUGUUAUAGGUGUAUGUGUAUAGUGUGGCGGGUGUGUGUUUGUGUGUGUUAGUGUAUGUAUGUGAAGGGUAGCCAACUAUGGGAGAAAUUUAGAAAAAAAAAAUUUAGUUUCUAAAUUUAAAUUUUACCUCUCAUGUCAAGUGUUACCUGUGACUGGAUAAAUGUUACCUGUAACAUGUUAAUAAUUUACUUACCUGAAUGCCGCACGGGUGUUCUUUUUUUUUGGCAAUUUCAAUCUUUUUCAAUUUUUUGGCAGUUUUGGAAAGUAACUUAAUUUUCGUACGAUUCGUAGUAAAACGUACUGUACCUGGUAUAUAAUGAAAAAAUAUAUGUUCGACCAAUAUAAUAUGUAAGUAACAAGAAUUAUUGAAUUUUCAAUCAACAUAAUGCUUGACAUUACAAAAAAUAACAGCAAAUGAUAUUUUACAUGAAUAAAAAGUUCCUUAUUUUAGCACAAGGAACUUGUGUUUGAAUUAUAAUAUGGACUUUAUUUUAUUAUAUAUUUAGUAUUUUAUCGUAAUCUAGUAUUUGGCUACCCAUGUUUGUAUGUGUAUGAAUGUGCGAAGGGCGCGGAAAGCUGUGAUGUUGUGGAUAAAACUCUAAUAAACAGUUGUUAUAAGUGUUGAUAUUAUUGAGGGUUUCAUUAUUACUUGAUAUUAUUUAAUAUGUAGAUACAAUGUGCAAAGAAAUAAAUCGCCCAAUGAAAUUAUAGGUUCUAUGCUGUCUCUAUUAUUGUACAAUAAUCAUUUCUCUUUCAUGGAAUUGAAGAAGUCUUACAAUAGUUGAAAUUAAAAAAAAAAUCUAAAUUAUUCAAUUGGUCUUAAAAUCUGUAUGAAAAAAAAAAGUUCAAAAAACAUUUGUAUCUAAUGUUUUUCAAAACUCCAUUAGCUAGGUAUAUUUUUGCCUGUCAGCCAAGUGUUGGUAUAGGUUAUGAAUAUUAAGCGAUCUUCGUCGAACAACUUUAAUGCUACGUGACAUUUUAGAAUAUAAUAUUUUCGUAAAAUGACCAGUUGUGCGUUAGAAAAUUUUUAUGAACAAAGUUAUUGAUAGAUACUUAAAAUACUUUAAUGUUUCAUCGUAAUGACGCGUUGGAUCUUAUUGUACAUUGCACUUUCGUAGUAGCAAUUUGGAAAUGUAUCAAAAUUGAGACUUUAAAAUGCACUGUUAAAAAUUCAUGUCAAGCCCUUAAUCACUGUAGGUACGUCAUAAGUUACCUUAAUUGUAAUUAUUAAAUAUAAUAAACAUAAUUGUAAUAUAAAAAAAAACAAUGCAAACGAAUGCUUUUGAUUACUAACUAUAUAAAGUUAUUCGGUGUAUGUUCGAGUCAUUUAGAGAUUUCCAAAUAAUGUAAAGUAACUUUUCAGUUUAUUAAAGCAUGAUACUCAUAGCAUGAUUUAAAAAAUCGCUAUAACUAACCUAUAUUUGAAUUUCAAUAAUAAAGAAACUUGUGAGUGUGACUCGGUUUUACCUGCUUUCGAGAUAACUAAUACAGCUAUUACCUGUUAUCUCAGACUAAUUAGAUAAAGACCUGCCUCGCAAGACAUUAUUUUUCUGUCAACGUACAUGAUCAACGAUCUUAUGCGAUUAUAAACGCUGUCUCUAAAGAAUCGAUGUUUCAUAGUUUACAAUCGUGUCCGUCGGUUAAAAACCUCCGUAAAAAUACCUAUUUGUGUAGUUAUACGGUGUAAAAAAUGAACAAAAACUGCUAGUUUAGUAUAAAAUAUGUAUGACAUCUAAGCUAGUUUUCCUUAGAAAAUGGCAGAAAAUUUUGUUCGUGAAUUUGGGUGCGGUACUAGUCCUUAUGUAUUUAGUCUGAGCCUGUUAUAGGUAAAAACAGAGCAAUUGUUAUUCUAUGCGCUGAUGUUAUGUGUCUUGAAUGAUUUAUGUAAGUCAUUGAAUAUUCAAUAACCAAUCUAUUUUAAAUAAUUACAAUACCAAUACAAGCUUCUUAAUGCUUUUUAUAAAUAUGUCUGAUAACUUAUAAAUACAAACUAAAAUAUUGUAUGUCGAAGCACUUUGAUAAAUAUGCAGUAAUUGGUUAUAUUUACCUAUUGACAGUCAGCUGGUGAGUUUUAGCAGUCUCGUGUCGAUUUUACCUGUAAUCUGCCAAUGGUUAACUGAUAAUUGUUUUGUUUGUUGACUUUACCUGUUGACUAGAUACACUUUACCUGAUGGCAGAUAACAUUUACCUGUCGAUUUUAAGCUACUCUUUUCUUAGUCGGGCACUAAUAGAGGGCUGUGAUUUCUAUGUUCCAUUCCUGCGGAACUAAAAUAAUAAAAAAAAAAUAUUGGACACUCAUCGAGAAAUGAAUUGUUUGCUACAAAAAAAAUAUUAUUGUCUAUAAAAUUGUCUAGCGGCAGCAUAGCUGUGUAAAAUGUAGAAAAAAAAAAGAAUGUUCGGUUCACAAUAUAUGUAUGUACUGCCUACAUGAAUUAUUUGUUAUUUUGAAAAUUAAUUAUUAUUUUGUAAAUCAUCAUGGAUGUUUUAAAAUGAAAUCUUGUACUUUUAAUGAUAUUUUAGAUAUAGUGGCAUUAUUUUCGAGUUUAACUCGCACACUGAUCACUCUGUUGCUACUGUAUUACAUUUGUGUGUGUGUGUGCAGUGGCGUGCACAUCAUAGAUGCAAUAAUACACUGACUAACCUACCAACCAAUAUGAACCUGUACAACACAGAGGAAAUUACGUGUAAUUGCCUACCCUAGUUAAAGACCUUUGUUCACGCCACUGUGUGUGUGUGUGUGCGAAAGAGAGGGAUAGUGUGUUAUCUGCUGUGUGUGAAAGAGACGGAGCGGGAAUUGUUGUAUUGUAUUAUUAUUAAUAUAAUGUAAAUUUGUUAGAAUGUGUGUAUAUUAUAAUAAUUAUUAUAGCUUUUAGGUCGUAAAGCGUAACUUUGCUUUUUAAUAUACUCGUGUUUUAAUGAAAUUAAACUGAACUGUUUUUGAAAAAACAACAACACAUAGUCUUUUUAACCGACUUCCAAAAAGGAGGAGGUUCUACGUUCGGCUGUAUGUAUGUUUUUUUUUUAUGUAUGUCCACCGAUAAUUCCGUCAUUUAUGGACCGAUUUUAAAAAUUAUUUUUUUAAAAUUACCUAUAUAGAAGAGCAAAGUUACGGGAUUCGACGGUAGUAUUAAAUAGUUAUUACUAAAAAAACAUCACCCGGCAGAUGGAAAAAAUGGUCGGCGGUGCUACUGUAAGAUUGUUACACAUGCCGCGCACCGUGUGCUUCGUAGCGUAGACUUUAUUUAUAGACAUGCCAACUUGGCAUCAAUAUGAUUGAGUUGAUUGGCAGUUCUAAGUAAUUUUAUAAAAUUGCCAAUCUUUAAAGCUAUUUUGUAUAGAUAUUUUUUAUCGUAGCAGCAUUUCUGGAACAUACCUUGACUGAUAUAUCGAAUCGUGUAAAUGUUUAUAUAACAGCAAAUUAAUCGUGUAACAAAAGAAUCACGACAUGUCAUUGCCAAUUAAAGUUGGACUUUAUUUAUAUUUGUGCCAGUUAUGUAUCAUACGUGUAUAUUGUAGGGACUCUUAUAUUAUCAGGACGCACAAUCAUGUAGAAAAUUUCAUUUAAAAACUGGCCAAUUUUGCUUUGACAGUGAUAGAAUUGUUGGUAAAGAAAAUUAUACCUAAAGUAGAGAACAAAUAAAAUGAAAUUCAGAGCAAAUUCAACCUUAAGGGAUUGAGUUUAAGUUGCAAAUCCGACUACUUUAAUUGAGUGCCAAGAAGUUGUGUUUGGCACUCGUUUUUUGGUCACUGAUUGUGCAUCUACUUUUUGAUAGGAGAUCGAUGGGCAUUUUUAAACUGAUGUCAAUUAAUAGUUGCGGUGCGCGGUGUGUGCGGGGUGCGGGGGCGGUGCAGCUCAUCGGGAGGAAGAUUUUAUUAUCGUUUUGUGUAUAUUGCUUAAGGUGGAUUGCCGUUACGCUGCCAGAACAGUCUGUGAACUAUUCUUUUUUUUUAAUUAUUUUACGGCCCUGGAUACCAGUCCUUUAUGGCCUCAUGAACUUGCGUAGCAAAAAUCCACCUUAUUCGUAUUUGUUAUAUUUAUUACUUGUAUAGAUGAGUGCCACUAAAUUGUUAGUUGUAAGUCGCGACCGUACAGGCCUGUACAUCACUACGCGUCUGGAUAGUCGAUGUGCACCAAGUGACGUUUACUUGACGUUCAAGAGAAAACAGAAUAAACAUUUGGACAAUA